CAAUGACUGGUUAUAGUUCCUUUAAUUUUAUCUUUUAAGGGCAGCUUCUAACUUUGCAUAACUCCUAGAUGCUUUUUUGAGUCUAUGAAAUUUAUCUUUCCUUCAUAUUUCAGUUUGACCAAAAUAAAAAUUGUUUGUAUCUCCAUGGUUGGUCAGCUUGGUCACCGUUCUUUGACUUCUUUCCAUUUGGAGGCCGUAAUAUCAGUAACACUCACUCCAGCUCACAGAACCAAUUAGUUUCGGGUUAUGUCUUAUGUGCCAUCAGGCAUCAUGAAGAUUACUUAUCAGUAGUAUUUUGAAAAUUUAGAUUCAACAUAUGAAAAUGGUAGUUUAAUUUGUGCCUAGAGGCUAGAAGUACUUGCAUAAUGUUACUCCCUCCGAUCCAUAAAAAGUGUCACCCAUUUUGUACUGAGUGGGCGACACUUUUUAUGGAUCGGAGGGAGUACGAUUUUAUUAUGCUUACAAAUAUAUUCUGUUAGCAACUAGUUGUCUGGGUAGCGAACUGAAGUGACUUCUUUUUUCUUUGAACUCGGAGUGGUUAUAGUUGUGGAUGAAGUGACACACAUUAUACCUUGACAGUGUGGUUUUGGGCAUUUUUAGUCUAGAAGAGUCUGAGACCUUGUUACUUCACCAAAUAGCAAUGCACAAGUGGCCAUCCUAUUUGAUCGCCUAUGUGGUUCAGGGAGGGAGAAACCUGUGAACUGAAAUUCCUUUUUUUUGUCACGGCCACAUAAAGUUAUAUUUUCCGAUUGCACUGUUUGAUCAUCUUAUACUACAGUCAUGAUAUGACGUUGUAGUAAAAAAAUUCAAGAUUUUUGCACCAUCCAAACCAUUAUCUUGCGCUGCAGCGAGUUUAUGUGCAAGGAUUUAGCCAAGAUAUAUGAUUAAUAAUAGUGCAUAUUAAAAAUUGUAAAGAAGUAUAAUACAUACAUCCAAGAAAUGUAUUGUACUUUUUAUAAUUUUUAAUAUACUAUAUUAAUAAAUACAAGAUAUUACAAAAUACUCCCUCUGAUCCUAAAUUCUUGUAAACCACGACAAGAAUUUAGGAUUGGUAUUUGAACUAAAACCACAACAAGAAUUUAGGAUUGGAGGGAGUAUUUACUAGCAUAUACCCUUUUGCACAUGUAGAUAUUAAAUAAAAGGAUGUAUAAUUAAAAGGUGUAUACUUCACUGAAUUUGUUUCAUGCAAUUCACUUUGGAGUAUCUUCUAAUAAUUAAUGAAGUAUUUACAAAGUGAUAAAGGGGUAUAAUAAGGCUGUUUAGGUCGUAUGAUAGAGGUUGGAGUGCUCACAGCCUUGCGGAGGAGGAAUUAGGAGCGAAUUUGGUUUCUCGUGUUCUGCACCCGAAGUGCUAAUGGUGCAAUUUUUCUCUUGGAUGUCUUCACAGAAUCUUGACAAUUGCUACUGUUUGCAUGUUCUUGGCUGGAAAAGUCGAAGAAACACCUAGGCCUUUGAAGGAUGUCAUCCUGGUUUCUUACGAGCUUAUUCAUAAAAAGGAUCCUGCUGCUGGUCAGAAAAUCAAGCAGAGGGAAGUAUAUGAUCGGCAAAAAGAACUUAUUUUACUUGGGGAACGAGUUGUGCUUGCAACACUUGGUUUUGACCUUAAUGUUCACCAUCCAUACAAGCCCUUGGUUGCAGCAACAAAAAAAUACAAGAUUUCUGAUAAGGGUUUUUUUCAGAUUGCAUGGAAUUUUGUCAAUGAUGGGCUGUUUACUUCACUUUGCCUGCAAUUCAAGCCUCAUCAUAUUGCAGCAGGUGCUCUCUUUUUGGCUGGUAAGUUUCUCAAAGUGAAGUUUCUUCCAGAUGACAGUGAGAAGACAUGGUAUCGGGAAUUCGAUGUGACACCAAGACAACUGGAAGAGAUUAGCAAUCAACUGUUAGAACUGUAUGAGCAAAAACGUGCAGUACAGUCACAACCUUCACAUGGAAAUGAAGCCGAAAAGAGCUCCGCUUGUGUGCCCAAUCAACGAGCCUGCAUAAAAGCUCAAGACAACUCUGAGGAACCACAUGUUCUUGGGAAUCAUCAAGCAUCCAAACAGUCAGACACUAAUCAUUCUACCUCAACAAUUGUUCCAAUUCACAAUGGUGCUGAGCAUUCAAAUAGAGACAAGCAAAUUGUUAGCCAGAAAAUUCUUCAAAUUGAGAAGGGUGACCAUGGCAGCGACAAAACAAGCAGUCUUAGUGGAGUUAAAGUUAAUACCGGUAUAGAUGAUGGUUUACAUCAUGACACAAAGUCCUUGCCAGGAAGCUCCAUUUCCAUCGAUAAAUCUGAUAUUCCAACAGAAGAACAAAAAUCUCUUGCGUCGCAUGGUAGUUUCAGUGAAACCAGAGACGGCAAUCUCAUUAACAGUGGUGGUCCCAGUGUAUCAUCCUCCAUGAUGGAUGCGAUGAAUAAAAUUGACAAGGAGAAGGUCAAGGCAGCUUUGGAGAAGCAAAGAAAAUUGAAAGGUGAUGUUGCUAUGCAUGCAGAUGUGAUGGAUGAUGAUGACCUACUUGAGAGUGAGCUUGAACAUGGUGUGGAAUUGGCUGUUGAGGAUGAGAAGAUCGAGAAGGAGAAGAGUCAUGGUCACCUGCAUCAAAAGGAUGACCAAAAUACUGAUGCUGCUGCAGAAAAUAGGGACCAUAUCGAGAAGAAUGUUCCAGACACUGCUAAAGAAGCUGAGGUUACGGUUGAUGUCACAGAACAGCGUUCUCCAACCAAGAGAAGUGACAGUUUGGAGCCUAAGUCCCAGCAGCCUCAUGAUGCACCACAGCACAGCGAGGGCCAUGAUGAUGCUCAGCUUGUUGUAACAGAUGAAGAGCAUAAAAUGCCUCGACCUGAAGGUUGAUGGGCCAUGAUUGGUGGACUAGAUGCAGUUGACAUGUUACUGGAACAUAUGCAUCUUUUCUUAUGCAUGAGGGUGCUGAGCUAUGGACUGUUCGCGUUACAUCCAGGUAUUCAAGUUUCUUCUACCCAGAUGUAUUUGCAACCCUGAGACUGAAUGCAAUGGAAAGUUGUUCUGGGCCUGUGUAUCUGAACCGGGAGCACUUUUUUGGCGAAUCUACUGAUGGCAAUAACAUUCCGAAUUUAUGUACUGUAGCAGGGCUCCUAAUUCUAUUAGCCUAGAUUCUUGACAUGCAAUGUUUCAGACUGUUAGGUUGACCUGAUAAACCUCAGAAUUGUACAUGUUUUCGACCUUCUUUGAAUGUCAAGUCAUUGUUUCACAAUUUUUAAAAGCUGGUACUAUUUCUGUUGGAACUGAUA